UCAGAACCUCGGAGUGUUGUGGAUGAAUGGGGACAACCUGAGCCUCUGAGAGAAAGAAAGAAACAGCAGGUUUCGGGGUUCACAACAAGAAGACAAAGGAGAUAUAAAACAACAACAACAAAGACAACAACAACAACAACACAAACCGGCUUCACCACGUCAAGUGUGAGUCGUCCGCCGCGUCCCAGGCAGGGUGUAAAAAAAUGGAAAACGGGACUUUUGAUGUGCCUGACGAUGUGGAAGCGCUGUGGGAGAAGGUGCAGAGCAAACGCUAUGAGCUGUGCCGCAGUAUCUCUCCGGCCAAGCUCACUCCGUACCUCCGCCAGUGCAAAGUCCUGGAUGAGCAGGACGAAGAUGAGAUUCUCAACUCCAUGCUGCUCGUCUCCAAAGCCAACCGCACAAGCCGUCUACUCGACAUCCUCCACACUAAAGCAGAGCGGGGUUAUGUGGCGUUUCUGGAGAGUCUGGAGUUUUACUACCCCGAACUGUACAAGCUGGUGACCGGGAACGAUCCGACGCGACGUUUCUCCACCAUCGUAGUGGAGGAGGGCCAGGAAGGCCUGACCCAGUUCCUGAUGAACGAGGUGAUGAAGCUGCAGCAGCAGUCCAAAGUCAAGACCCUGCAGCAAGACGAGCUCAGCAAGAAAAACUGGACGCUGCAGGACGAGAAGAAGAAGCUGCAGCUGGCCAAUCAGGAGCUCCAGGCCUUCCAACAGAGAUACAAUAAGUUAAGAGAGGAGAGAAACACAUACAGUGACGAGCUGCUGAGAGUAAAGGAUGAAAACUACAAACUGGCCAUGAGGUACGCGACACUGAGUGAGGAGAGGAACAUGGCGGUGAUGAGGAGCCGAGAUCUGCAGUUAGAGAUUGAUCAGCUGAAGCACAGGUUGAACAAGGUCGAGGAGGAGUGUAAGAUGGAGAGGAGGCAGAGUCUCAAGCUGAAGAACGACAUCGAGAACCGACCGAGGAAAGAGCAGAUCUUUGAGCUGGAGAGAGAGAACGAGAUGCUCAAGAUCAAGCUGCAGGAGCUGCAGUCCAUCCUACAGCCUGGCCCCUUACCCGCGUCAGACAAAGCCAUCCUUGAUAUUUUGGAGCACGACAGACAGGAAGCACUCGAAGACAGACAGGAUCUGGUGAACCGCCUGUACAACUUGCACGAAGAAGUCAGACAGGCGGAGGAACUACGAGACAAGUAUCUGGAGGAGAAGGAAGAUCUGGAGCUGAAGUGUUCUACGCUGCAGAAGGACUGCGUGAUGUAUCGCAAUCGCAUGAACACCAUCACCAUACAGCUGGAUGAAGUGGAGAAGGAGAGAGACCAGUCGUAUCGAGCCAGAGACGAGGCCCAGCAUCAGUUCUCCCAGAGUCUGAUUGACAAAGACAAAUAUCGUAAGCAGAUCAGAGAGAUGGAGGAGAAAGGCGACGAGCUCCAAAUAGAGAUCGUCCGCAAAGAGGCCAGACUGGUCACCCUGGAGUCUCGUCUACGACGCAUUUCCAAGGACCAGUGCUUGGAACAGCACACUCUGCCCAGGGACCUGCCUCCGGCCAUCAUCUCUCAGGGCGAGGGGGUAAAAAAUGUCCCUGGUCAAUCAGAGUGGUCCAGCGACGAGUCCCCAGAGGAGAAGCUCUUAUCUGAGGAGCCCCGUCUUAAACGCAGACCUAACCUUAAAGCUGGGAUCAGAGUCAAGUCUCCAGUCUGUGUACCCAAAGACAGUCAAGUGAGCUCAGACUGUGCUCAGCCUGCAGCAGUCAAUGGUGGGGAUUUUUUGGAGAUCCAGACGCUAAACCAUCGUCUCAAUAGCAGCUCCGUCCCGUCCUCCCCCAGCUUCCCAAUGUCCCCCACAUAUCCCUGCUCGGCUCCCCCGCUCUCCUCCUGUCCCUUUACUCCACAGCUUCCUUACACCUCAAUGGACCAGAACAGGCCAAACAUGCUUCGUCUCCGUAACGACAGCAUCCUGUCCAUACUCCCCGAGCCGCCUGAGACGGGAUCGCUGUACCGCCGAGAGAGGGAGAAGGAAAACGACUUCCACCCUCGCAGCCUACUGGACUCUGACAGUGACAACAUGGAAAUGGAGUGUGUGGAUGAAAUGCUGCGCGGUCCUCCGUCUGUCCACUCAUCGUCCUCCUCCUAUCAGUCAGAAGGAAUGGACACCUAUGACCUGGAGCAGGUCAAUAGUAUCUUAAGGAAACUCUCUUGGGAAAGGCCGUUCCGUCCGUCUCUGUCUUCCUUCUCGAGGGUCAGCUCGUCGCUGAAGCCGGUGCAGGAGGUGUCGUUUCUCGGCGACAGUCUCUUGAGGGACAUCACCCUGGUUGGCGGCAACGACAGCGGGAUUUUCAUCUCAGCCGUGCAGCUGGGUUCCAACGCUGAGAAGGCGGGGCUACGAGAGGGUCACCACCUCCUGUUGAUCGAGGGCUGCAUACGCGGCGAGAGCCUGAGCAUUUCACUGGACACCAGCACUCAGGAAGAAGCACACUGGACGCUGCAGCGCUGCUCCGGACUAAUUCACCUGCACUAUCGAGCCAACUUUGACGCUUACCGCCGUCUUCAGAGGGACGUCGCAAACGGCACCCUCGUCUCCGGCGACUCCUUCUACAUCCGUGUCAACCUCAAAAUCUCGGGCCAGUCGGACAACUGCUCGCUGAGUGUGCGCUGUGACGAGGUGGUGCACGUCUUAGACACCAGAUACCAGGGCCGCUGUGAGUGGCUGUGCUCCCGCGUCGACCCCUACACGGGCUCCGACCAGGCCGAGCGCGGCACCUUACCCAGCAACUCCCGGGCCCAGCAGCUGCUCCUGGUGAAGAUACAGAAGUUAGUGUAUCGAGGAGGGAAAGAAGAAAAUGAAAUCCACCGCAACAGUAGGAGCAAUUUACAGCCAGAGGAGGUCAACGCCACACCUGAUCCUAAAGCCAGCCCACGCCUGUCUAGAGCCAGCAUCUUCCUCACUCAGAUACUACAGUUUGUCAGCCGGGUGGAUAUCAAGUACAAGCGAAUGAACAGCAAUGAACGUGUGAGGCUCAUCAACUCAGGCAGCGCAUCACUACCCAGACACGGCUUGGAGACGCUGAGGCCAGAAGAUGCUGCUGACCCAGACAGUGAGCUGAGCAGGAGUUUGAACCUGAUUCCCUACAGUCCCGUCACUCCCCAGAGGACACAGAGGAGGAGACCGGUCAUAUUCACCCCCACUGCUCUGGCCAAAACCAUUAUUCAGAAAAUACUGAACAUGGGCGAAGCCAUGGACUUCGACAUCUGCAAACCGGACACUCUGUCCAAAGAGGAGUUCCACCUGAAACAGAACGUGGAGCCUUUCAUUCACUACAAAGAGAAGCACGCCACAUUUGAAUGCAUCACCCGAGAAAACAUUGAGGCGGUUGCAGCCAAGGGCAAACACUGUCUGCUGGAGGCCGAGCUGAGCUGCGUCAAAGAUCUGCUACGGAGAGAAAUCUACCCGAUCAUCAUCCACGUCAAGAUCUGUGAGCGAAAUGUCAAGAAGUUACGGAAGGUGUCUCCACGCGUCGACUCGGAGGAGGAGUUUGUCAGGUCGUGUCGGGCAAAAGAGAAGGAGCUGGAGACCAUUCCCUGCCUGUACGCCAGUCUGGAGCCCGAGGCCUGGACGGGGGUGGACGACCUGAUUCGGGUCGUCAAGGAUCGGAUACUGGACGAGCAGAAGAGGACGGUCUGGGUGGAGCAAGACCUUUUGUAGACAAACAAGCACAUGACACCAUGUAGUUCUGACUGUACGUCAACGUUUGCAGAGCACUCUAAAACACACAGUCUGGUUUCCAUGACAUUACGUUGACUUACAUUCAUUUCCUGGAGACUUACUGUCAUCUGAAUCACAACUACUACUGACCUAACCACAAUCCUAACCAUCCCACCACAACACGUCUUCGACCUUAAAAUUGAAUCAUUUACGGUAUGUUCCCUGUAAGGAAGACCAGAAGAAGAAGUUCCCCUAAAAUGACUGUGUGAACAGACAACAGACAGACAGUCCCGACAACAGGAGUAAGACCAGGAACACAUGCACACAAACAAGCCUUAAACCAAACCCUAACUAUAAACCAGGUUAUGGCUAACUCAGAACUUAGCCCUAAACUUAAAACCAGGUUAUUAGUUCCUUGGGACCAGGUUUUGGUACACACGCACACAUAUUUUGUACAUCAUGCUUUUGUGCUCAGAGUGGACACUCAAAGUGUUUUAGGCUCAUAAU